AUGGCAACCGCAUUCAGACGCUCAAUUGAGCAAUUAGACAGCUUCACCAAACUCCUCACGACGCGUUGUGUAGACACCCAAGAAAACAACACAUGUGAAAAGCCCGCCGCGCACACGCAGAUUGUGGUUGCAGUCGUCGUUACAACAGGUCUUCUUCUCUUCGGAUCGGCACUGUUCGUUCUAGUAUGGCUGCACCUGAGACGGAGGCAGAUUGACAAACUCGAAGAUGCGUCUGAUCCAUUCGAACUGGCAGCUUACGGCAUUGAGCAAACUGCUGCACAGAAACAAAGGCGGCGCGAUCGUUUACGUAUGAUAUUCGGGAGAAGAUGA